AUUCAAACCAUACUUCUGUUCACCUCCCGUAGUGUUGACCAGAAAAUCGCAAACGGAUUCCCAUCGCAGUGGGACCCUUCCCCAAUUCGCGUAAAAGUUUAGUCAAUUUAGUCACACAAAAUUUCACCCGAAAGCGAUGCAGUGGAAUCGCGCCACUCGCUAGCCCCCCGGACGAUAGUCGGUUCCGUGGAAAGUGCCUCGGUUAAGCAAACCGAACUUUAAAAAAUGGCAAAAAUCACCAUCCAAGAUACUCGCUACCAGCCCUGGUAUUAACACACCGAAAAGGUGCUCUUUAGAGGUUGUAAAUGAGUGAUAUGUGUUGGUGCAAAAACAGUGAAAGCAUCCAGUGUUGAGUGAAGGAAUUAUUUUGGAGAUUACAGCGACUAGUGACUACAGUUUGCGAAGAAUAUUGGAAAUUUUACGAUGAUGAAGAGAUAAGUGAUUCGUACGUUCGAUUCGAAGCUGCCAGUAGAUAGUAACUCUGCUAUCUGCUGCAGUUGAAGGCUUUUGUGAUAGUCGAUUAUCAGUAUUUUGAAGAAACAACAAAAGACAUCAUUAGCGGAAAAAAGCAAGCAGAGGAGAGGCUACAUUAGUAUCGAUUUUCCUAGGAAACGACAUCGUAAUCGCAAUCAUGUCCAAUCACAUUCACACCCAGUCCACCGAUGCAGCGUUGAUCGCUAGAAUGCACCAGAUGAGGCUGGAUGGGGAUGGCUCGGGUGCUGGACAACCCAGAAUGGCCCAUCCCCAGCAGACUGCGAUGAUGAUGGAUGGGACGUCCAGAGGGAGUCAUCAUCUGGGUCAGAUGCAGAUGGAAAGCCACUACGUCCCAGUGUCGACGGCUAUCGGGCCUGGAAACGUUGUACUUAUGAACGAUCCCCGUAUGUAUCAAGGUCAGAUGCUAGCUACGACAGCUGGUCGAAAACCGGGAGACAUUGCGCAUAUGGGCUACUACAGAGUCAGCAACAGCCCCACCCAUUCGCUAGGAGGCUCGUCCCAUCACUCGGGAGGUGGAAGUCCACACGCCAGUGGACAACUACAACAACCUCAGCAAUACUACGACCCUCGCUAUCAGGCCGUAUAUGAGAAUAUAGACUACUACCCUCCUGCUCAACCACAACAGAUAGACGCCCUCAUGUACGAGAGAAAAUUCGAGUCAAACAACGUCAAAGCUCAGCCUCAAGUCCCGGUUGGAUCCGGGAUGUCCCAUCUACCAUCCAACGGUAGUGCAGGUCGCUACGCUCAUACUCCCCAACCCCCAGAUCUUCAUGAACAACCUCCGAUCUACGAGAACCUCCAAACCGCAUCCGGUCAACAGGCUCAACCACAGGCCACCAAGGCUUCUGCGCAAAUCUACUACCACCGAAACGACGCCAGCAGUCCUCAGGUCCCUCACAACCCACAGUACCACCUCCCGGAUCUCCCCAUCUACGAAACCACCGUCGUCAACCCCAACGCAAACUCCAGGUACGUCACAGCAGCCCAAGGACCACCUCCUCCAGGACCAUACCAUCACUCACCGAGCAACAGCAACGUCUCCCUGAAGAUCGCCCAACAACCGCAGCCCGUACACUUGCCCAACGUCAAGUAUCAAGCCACCGGUGUCCCCCUGUCCGCGGCCAUCCCAAACGACUACCAGAAGUCCCCGAAGCACACCUCAGCGCCAUCACUACCACCCAAAUCCGCCGACGCCAUCAAGUACCAACAGCAGACCACGAAGACUAACUCCCCAUCACGCAGCAGCAGUUCCGUAUCUUCCGGCUCGCUCCUCAAAGCCUUCGUCGAGGACAUCAACGGGUCGGACUACGUGUGCAUGACCGGCGGUAGCAAGUACCAACACCAGCAGCAGUACUCCACAUCCAGCCAAGCCUCCUCGUACCAACAAUACACCGCCAAACCUCCCACAACGAUUGCAUCCUCUUCGGCCGGAAAUGCUACGACCCCGCCCGGCGGAACCACCGUCAACUCCAGACCUUCCCCAAACCCACCGUCAACGCAACAACCCCCUACCGGACCCGCUCCCGGAAGCAAACCCAGCAGUGCGCAGAAUUCCUUCUCCGGACCUCCACAGGGCUCCACGCAAAGCCGGGCACCGUCCGCUGUAUCGCCGACGCCAUCGCAGCUCAGCACCGGAAGCGGUUCCGGAAAGCGUCUAACGAAGAACCUGCUACCGUACAACGUGACACCGCCGCGUCCCACCGGACCCACGGAAGCGGAACGGAAAAUCGAGGAGCUCACCCGCCAGCUGGAGGAGGAGAUGGAGAAGAACGAAGAGCAGGGAGAGUAUUUCGGCAUCUGCCACACCUGCAAGGAGAAGGUAACCGGCGCGGGAGCGGCCUGCCAAGCCAUGGGCAACCUGUACCACACCAACUGUUUCAUCUGCUGUUCGUGCGGACGUGCCCUCCGGGGAAAGGCCUUCUACAACGUGCACGGCCGAGUCUACUGCGAGGAAGACUACAUGGUAAAUUACUCGGGCUUCCAACAGACGGCGGAAAAGUGUGCAAUCUGCGGUCACCUCAUCAUGGAAAUGAUCCUGCAGGCCAUGGGGAAAUCCUACCAUCCGGGGUGCUUCCGAUGCUGUGUCUGCAACGAGUGCCUGGACGGAGUUCCGUUCACCGUGGACGUGGACAAUAAGAUCUACUGUGUUAACGAUUACCACAGCAUGUUUGCGCCGAAGUGUGCCAGCUGCGGAAAAGGAAUUACCCCGGUCGAGGGAACGGAGGAAACAGUCCGAGUGGUCGCCAUGGACAAGGACUUCCACGUGGAUUGCUACAUCUGCGAGGAGUGCGGCAUGCAGCUGACGGACGAACCGGAUAAGCGGUGCUACCCGUACGAGGGCCGACUCAUGUGCCGAUCGUGUCACAUACAGAAAAUUUCCCUACAGGACAUGCAGCACGGCCGGAUUGUGGAACCAGUCUGUGCCACGUAUCAGUACAUGGCGUAAGCUGCUGUACUGUGAUAGGUCUAUACGUUUGGAUGCACGAGUUCUAUAGUCGGUCUCGAGAAACGGAUUGCCGACAAUGCAUCAGUUGAUUCCUUGGUAAAUCAUCAAAUGAAUGUCGGUAAGGAUUUUGCCGAAAGCUCGGUAAAAAGUUUACUAAUUUCAGUAAGAUUUACCGAGACACCCGGUUAAAAUUUGGAGGUGAAUUGCCGAAUUCUCAGCCGUAACAUUUCCAAAAAUCUGUUUGCCGAGUUCGACUACCCAAUUCAAGUAUGUACACUCUAAAAAUCAAUUAUACAUUUUAACCCGGCUGGCUGAAAACUUAUAAAAAAGUAACAUGGGUACGAGACAAACGGAAAUCGCAUUUAUAAACCGUAGAAUUGACGGCUACGCGUAAGUUCAAGUGUGCGGAACACUGCCAAAACCGCAGGAUAAUGAAAAUACCCUCUAGGAGCAGGUCAUCGAUCGAUAUUAUACAUUUCCAAAAGGCAGCUGCUCAUCUAACCCGCGGCAGCUGUCCCAAAAGUCAAUAAUCUUGUGCAAAUUCUUGUCCCCAUUAUUUAAUCAAGAUCGUUAUCAUCCGCUAACUCACAAUCUAAUCACCUAUUGAUUGACCUAGACGUAUGUAUAUGUUUCCAUCACGUAAUUGUGCUUAAAACUUUCUGAUACUCACCGACGACAGAUCGAUGCGACAAGUGCGACUGCAAUUGCAAUUGCAAAAACGAAACAUUCCAUUUUUAGAAACCACAAUGCAGCUAAGAAGUGGUGACAAAAAAAACUAUAUUCGCGAUAAAACCGCCACUGUUUAUCGGCAGCUUAAUCCAUUGUUGUAGUGCAUAUAUGGCGACAGGAACACGAAUUGAUAUGAUACAUGACUAUUAUAAUAUCGAGUAUUAAAUAUUAUUAUUAUUAUUGCUAUUACAUGCUUUUUGCUAGGGCGUACUUUUUUCAAUUGUAGUUAUUGAAGUAAAAAUAAAAGUAAUUGGUGAAAAUA